UUCGACUCAAAUGGGUAGCACUGACAAAUCUGCCUUGUUCAACACUGGAUAAUACUUUGAAGAGUCAUCGCAGCUUUCAUUUUAUGAUUCGCUUCUAUAAAUUUUACACGCUUUUUCUGAAAACUAUGGACAACGACACCAAAAAAACUAUCAAAGAGUGGUGCGUUUGCGAGAAGUUGCCGAGAGCAGUGCUGCACAUUCCGUUGGACUGCAACCGCCGCUGCGAUUUGUGCGGACUGGAGCGGCGUCCUAAAACCGAUCCCAGCUCCAGCGACGAAGAGGAGUACGCCGCCAACCUACGGCAGAAGAUGCUUCUAGAGCGACGACGUGCCGAGGAGGCGCUCCAAAGUGGUGUCCGCCUCAAGGUGCCUAAGCGAGCCAAGAAGCCAUGUUCAGUGCAGAACUGCAAGAAGAAUUGCCUCAAGUGCGGGGGAAUGGCCAAGCCAGGAGCCGAGAAGAAGCCUUUAGCCGGGUACUUUCCAACUCCCAAAGAAGACGUACCGAAGUGGCGUCUUGGGCUACAAACUUGGGCUACAGAUCGCGAAACUUCAGUUGCGAAACCAACUGCAGCGCCACCAUCAUCGUCUUCGUCUCUGAAGUCUUUGCAACUCGCAUUCGAGUCCAUGUGGGAGCCUUUGCCCAGGGACCUCACAACCCGGGUGGACGGAAAACGUUUGGUCAUUCCCCUGAAGACACCCAUCACGGAUCCAUCUGGCGGGGCAAUCUCCAAGCGAAACAUGAGCUUCGCGUCACGUUUGCGCGCUGGCACCAGCCGCCCGCUGCCACCCCUGUCAAAAGUGGUGGCCUCAAUUAUGGCUGAACAAGAGGCAGACAAGGGCCGUGAAAAAGGUGGCGGAUUAGGUGACGAUUCGAUUGAGGCCGAGAACCAAAUGGAAAGCCAGUUUUGCCCCUUUGACUCCUACGAGGGGCCGUCGGAGGAUGCACUUGUCGUAGACAGUGCCCGCAUCAUGCUGCAGACCCCCAUGGCGCUGAACACGAAGAUCGAUCGACAUCUGCUCCCCCUAUUGCUCGUCUCUUCUGACUUGCAAGAGGGCGCUUCCGCCGCGGACUCGAAGCAAAUGUAUAUGAAACCAUCCUCGCUCUUACGUGAUGACUCUAAAGAUAUCAACAACGGGCAGCCCAUCGCCCCGAAAGCAUUCAAGUUAUUAGACUUUGAAGAGAAAGAAGUAAAAGCAGAAAAGAAGAGCGAUCCUUUGGUGGAGAAGACAUUUACAAAGUCUUUUGUGGAUCAAGUCGAACAAAUGAUGAAAUCCCUGAGCCUGUCCAGUCCUGAACCUAAUGAAGAUUGCGCUGCAGAGAACGAAGAACUGAAGUCCGAGUCCGAGUCCGAGUCGGAGUCGGAGUCCAAUGGAUCAGCUAACCCACCUGACAAGGAUGUAUCUAAUGAACGUGUAAUUUCCUCAAAUAAAUCUCAGACCGAUGCAAAGUAUUCAAAAGUCUUAUCAAAAAAAUUGAACAGCACCCACGGCUUGCAUGAACCCGCCAAUAGGGUGUGCAGGACAGCCGGUAUGAAGCGGGAGGGCGCAAAGCCAAUGGCUAGUGGGAUGUCUCCGGUAUGGAAAUCAAAGUUAGGAGCAGAGUCCGCAUCAUCGGUGUGCGACAAAUGCGGACAUCACCGAAACGAUGGCGAUGCUGCUAUGCCAAAUAAGAAUUCCAGAGCAAAGAUUGUCAAGCAGACACCUAAAAAAGAACCCAAGGAAUUUGUAGGCCCCUAUCGUAGUACUAGCAAGAUCGCAAUGCCAGCCAAGAAAAUCUGUCAAGUCUCUAAAGAGCUGUUCGGCAAACAGCCAUCUAACUCAUUGAGAGUUCCAGAUAAGACUGGUAAACUCUAUAGAACUUUUCACUGUUGUCCCAGAACUAAUUUAGCUAAGCAAAAAUUGAAUCGGGAAGGCCUUAAGCCGACCUGCACCAAAGAGAUGAUAGAAUAUAAGCCCGAUUCUCUUGUUAGUAAUCAUUCGAUCACACCAAUGAAAUCCGAAGGAGACUUUGAAGACUCUUCUCAGACAGUACCAAACCCGGUUUCUAAAGCCGCAUCAGACCAGAGGCUUCUAAGAUAUAUCUCAUCAGAAGGCAGCAAUCUUGAAGAGGAAUUUCACAAAACACCCCAUGCAUACCUACCUAUAGACGGAAGGACUAUACAACCGCAUAUGUUGUCGCAUAGCUGCAUGAAGACAGAAGUCUCCAUCCAUUGGCGACGAAUCCACACCUUGGAAACAGUUUCCCAUGUCUGUGGAGAGAUUCUCAAGCCUAAGAUGGCUUCACACAGAUGCACUGUAAUGGAAAGUCUCAAGAAGAUCACCUUGUCGGAUCAACCUGCUGCCAGUACGGCGAUCUAUGAGUUCCGCAUGCCUGACAUAGAUUCCAAUGCGUUCGAAAAGUCCGGAAUGGCUAGCCCUCCGCUAAACAUAAACGAAACCCACAGGCGAAAUGAAGAUGGGAACAAGAGUGGGUGUGAGACACCUGUAGCUCACUCGCCAACACCAAGGCACAAGGAUCUCUUCUUAAGGAAAAUGAUGCGGAAGCCCAGUCCGCCCAUUUGUCCCGUUCCUUCAAUAAAAUACAUUAGACGAAAGAUAAGAAAACAAGAGGGUCUGAGACAGUAUGAUGUUUCGGAAUUAUCAUUUAUGCGAAAUACGGAGAACCUGGUGCAACACAAGGAAUCUGCAGGAGUGGUGCAUCAUGAUGAGAAACGAAUGACUCCUUUUCGGUAUGAAAAUAUCCCAUCGAAGGCCGACCAUCUUGAGGUGAAGCUAGGGAGACGAAUCCGGAGGGAGCAUUCGCUGGAACGCAGAUUCAAUAUGCUCGUAAAGCCCAAGUCCAAUCCUCCAGAGACGAAGUCGGAGCAAGAAAACCGGAGAGAAUAUUUGCUGAAGGUGAAACUUGAAGAGAUGAUGACAAAGCCAAUUCAGCUGCUGACUCCGCAUGAAGAAACAUAAAAGCUGGGAUCCACGUCGAUUUCUCCAUAGCUCUUAAAAAUUAGUUGCCAGAAAAGUAGAAUGUUCCAAAUAAGUUUGUUGAUUGAGGGACCACACAAAGAACUAGAGAGGUUUCUUCAAAGACGUUAAUGUCUCGCUUAGGAGUUUUGUUUGUUGUCCCAGUUUAGUUUUCUUGUUCCAUCGUUUCUAUUUUCACAAAACACUAGCCUUGAAUACGACUCGAUGCUUCGCUUUUUUGCAGUACAGAUCUGCAAGCCAUAGAAGAAUGCAAUCAACAGAAUAUCCCAUUCGGGUGCGUUAUCGCAAUCCCGUGGCGGCUUUCAUUAGCGGACUCGCGAGCUUGGCCUAUUGGAUGGUUUACUGGUUGGCCUAUUUCAUAAUUUAUCUUUCCGGAUGUGCUAUUAUCUUGGGCCUGGUCUGGCCACGACACGCGUGGCGAGUGCUAAACUCCGUGCUGAAGCAGGAACGACACAUGGAAAGACAGUUCAAAGACGAAUUAUGAGUUGUAUGUAUAUUUUUUAAUAAAACGUUCGAGCAAGAACUACAAAACGCUCAAA